AUGGAAGAGCCUAUCGAGGGGUGCAGUCUCAUAUAUUACUGCCCCUCGACGGAUGGCAUUGCAUCGUCCACAUAUUAUCCUUCGCACCUACCGCCCACGACAUCAGAUUCGCACACAGCACCCGCACACCUUUACAAGAACGUGCGAAGACUGUUGGAUGUGGAUCAGGGCAACUUCGCCCAAGUCUUCCUGUCUUCGAAACCUGAGUCAUGUCUCAAUCAGUUAACCACCUUCUCCAAAACAAACCCCACCGCCGUGCUGGUCGAAUUCAGCUACGCCGCCGCAGACGAUAACCAGAACAGUGCGAUUGGUCUCUUGCGCCGAAUAUCAGAUGAAGUGCAAAGCAGCCGUUACGAGCGCCCUGUCAUGCCCUUUGUCUUGCUAGCGCCAUCAUCGCCUCAGGAUGCCGAACCAUUGGCCGAGUCUGCCUUCGAGACGAGCUAUCUCAGCGCCUAUGCUCUCGACACCAUGCAAAGUCCUCUCUGUUCAGAAGCCAUCAACCAGCUGGUCGGCCAUGUCAAGGAGACCACGAGACCAUCAGCAGUGUCUCUGGGCGCAGGAAUGGCUCAGAGCUUGGUGUCUAGUAUUGCUGACACGUCUGAACCGCAACUCGCCUCACAUCGUCCCGACGAGGUACUGUCAGCUCAGCGGAAAAAGGCUGUCGAAGAUGCUGUCGCAAAUUGGAAAUUCCCUGCACACGAAUUCGACAUGGACGAGCUCACUUACGGCGCCCUAUUCAUGCUGGAGCACGUGCUUCGUAACCCAGCGUUAGAGCAGCACCGUCUGGAUCGAGCGGAGCUUAUGACGUUCUUACUCGCUGCGAGACGACAGUACAAGCAUGAGCGGGAGGUGCAUUAUCACAAUUGGCGACACGCCGUUGACGUGACUCAGUCGCUUUACUGCUUCUUAUGCGAUGUGCGCCUAUGUCCACCUUCUCCAACGAGCCGAACAACGAACAAAGAAGUCAACCCCCUGGAACGCUUGCUCUCACCUCACGAUGCUCUGACGCUACUGGUGUCCGCGAUAGGGCAUGAUGUUGGGCAUCCAGGUGUGAACAACGCAUUUCUCGUGGCCUGCAAUCACCAACUAGCGUGCAUGUACAAUGACAAGUCUGUCCUGGAAAAUUACCAUUGCGCGGCUUAUACGCAACUGCUGCGACGGCACUGGCCCUCGCUCGUUGAGAUUCCGCACUUUCGGCCGACCAUGAUAUCUACCAUCUUGGCAACCGACAUGCAGAGGCAUUUUGAAUACAUGGGCCAACUCAAAGAACUCAAGCAAAAGAUCGAGGACAGCGAUGCUGAGCUCACAAACUGGAAUGACAAGGACAAGGACCACGCGCGAGAGCUGAUCAUGGCCUUGUUGUUGAAAGCUGCCGACAUAUCGAACGUGGCGCGUCCAUUCGAUGUUUCUGCGCAGUGGGCCAAGAUCCUGAUGAAUGAGUUUUCACGACAGGGAGAACUUGAGGACGAAUUGCAGAUUCCAACAUGCUUAUUCGGAGGGCCUCCAAACAAGGAAGACCUCCUGGCUGCAGCACAGAGCCAGAAAGGGUUCAUGAAUCUCUUUGGCUUCCCACUCUUCAGAGGCAUCUCAGAGGUGAUGCCAAACGUUUCAUGUACACUACCGGAGCUGGAAAAGAACAAGAACGUGUGGGAAGCACGCAUUGUUGACGAAAAGGCGCGGAAAGAGGCUCGCGGCGACGGACGCAAAUCGCCUAGGACGUAUGGAUCUGUGACCGAGGCCGAAGUAGAGGAAGCAAGAAACCGUAAGAGGGAGUCAGAACCUAUGGCGGUACCGACAGAAGUUCCACAGACACCAACAUCACCAAAUCCGCGGCAACCGGUUCUGGAACGUCAGGGACAAACAGCGACACACCCUGCCAGUGAGCAGCGACAUCACCUACAGCUGGGCGUUUCCCCAAAUGCAGAAGAAAAGCGGUCGUCCACUCCCGUGAUCUGGCCUAGUUCACUGCAGUCCCCCACUGGAGGAUCAUCUCGGCGGUCAAGUAAGGAUGUCGCCCUGAAUAGUAUCCAGGAGUGGAAUCCACUACGCGGACAGGCCAACCUCGCCCCUGCAGGUUCUAGAAGGGGAUCUGCUGAUGCCGGAUGGCAGAUCCAUCAAAACUACCCAGGAUCAAGGAGGGGCAGCAAGGACGAGAGCUUGACCACUAUCUUGGUUACCAGCCAGGGCAGUCCAGCAUCGCUGAGCGUGCCUUCAUCACCCAAGGUGAGCAAGCCCUCUUCACCGAGCAAAGCCACUGGAUCGGGAAAGAAGCAGCCGGCCCCAAAGCAAUCUUCGAGCACAGUCCGGCAUUCUGUGCCCUCUUCUACUUCGCAGACCACAACCUCAGCGACAGUCACGACUGAUCAGCAGUCGCCAUCUACUCAUCCCUCAUCACUAGUAACAACAGAUGACGACGCACCACCGGCUGCAGUGACCAGCAGCUCAGAGGUGAGGGGGGAACCGAACGCUUUUGGACCGUCGCCGGACUGGCUGGAUCAGCUGGAAGGUGGACAUCAUUCAUCCGCCCCAGCAGCGCUUCCCAGCACCCCUCCAGACGCGGGUUUCAUUCGAACGGUGAAGCCUGAUUCACCGCGUAUAAUGUCACGUAUGGCUAGCGGCGACUCGGGAGUAUCAGGAUCACGUCUGGACCCACGGAAAUCGGAUCCUCACAUUCGUCAGUCACGCAGCCGCAGUCGCCUGCGAGGGCUCAAGUUCUGGAAGAAGCGCAACGUUACAGGGAGCGUUGAUGGACCAGCGGCAGGCUCAACUUCUCCAUGA